GCAGCAGCCUCAAGCUCUCCAGGUUAUCAUGGCGAUAAGAGACACAUCUUCCCCUUGAGUCCCGCAGCAGCAGCAACAAAGGAUUUGUCCCUCCGCUGCAUGAAAACACUCACACAGUCCCAUGCAGCGCAGAGCCCUGCCGGAGUUUUAGCCCAGAUUGGAGAAAAGGACAUAUCGUGCGACCGUCAUGGCAGCGUCUGAGCUGUACACAAAGAGGGCUCGGGUGUGGAUCCCCGAUGCAGAGGAGGUGUGGAAGUCUGCUGAACUCAACAAGGACUACAAAAAUGGCGACGCCUCCCUGCAGCUCAUGCUGGAGGAUGGAACGAAUAUUGAGCACAAACUCGACCCUAAGACGAAGAACCUGCCUUACCUGCGAAAUCCCGACAUUCUGGUGGGCGAGAAUGAUCUCACAGCACUCAGCUACCUCCACGAGCCGGCUGUGCUGCACAACCUCAAAGUCCGCUUCAUCGACUCCAAGCUCAUCUACACUUACUGCGGAAUCGUUCUGGUGGCCAUCAACCCGUAUGAGACGCUGCCAAUCUACGGGUCAGACAUCAUCAAUGCCUACAGCGGGCAGAACAUGGGAGACAUGGACCCACAUAUCUUCGCUGUUGCAGAGGAGGCUUAUAAACAGAUGGCCAGGGAUGAGAGGAACCAGUCGAUCAUUGUGAGCGGGGAGUCCGGAGCUGGAAAGACGGUGUCAGCCAAAUACGCCAUGAGAUACUUUGCUACGGUCAGCGGCUCCACCAGCGAGGCCAACGUAGAGCAGAAAGUGUUGGCUUCCAACCCCAUCAUGGAGGCCAUUGGAAAUGCAAAGACCACCCGAAAUGACAACAGCAGUCGUUUCGGGAAAUACAUUGAGAUCGGCUUUGACACCCGCUACCGAAUCAUCGGCGCCAACAUGAGAACAUAUCUGCUGGAGAAAUCACGAGUGGUGUUUCAGGCGGACGAGGAAAGGAAUUAUCAUAUUUUCUAUCAGCUCUGUGCAUCAUCCCAUUUGCCGGAGUUCAAGAAUCUGAAACUGAGCAGUGCGAAUGACUUCUUGUACACCAGGCAGGGCCGCAGCCCCGUUAUCGAUGGUGUGGACGACACCAAGGAGCUGUCCUCCACUCGGAAUGCCUUCACAUUACUCGGUAUUAACGAGUCCUAUCAGAUGGGAUUGUUCCAGGUUUUGGCUGCUAUUCUUCAUCUGGGAAACGUGGAUAUAAAGGACAAAGACUCAGACAGCAGCAUCAUUGCUCCCAACAAUCGCCACCUGACUGCGUUCUGCGAGUUGGUCGGCGUGACGUACCAGGACAUGUCUCAGUGGCUGUGCCACAGGAAGCUGAAAACUGCCACAGAGACGUAUGUCAAGACCCUCCCCCGCCUGCAGGCCACCAACGCCCGUGACGCGCUGUCCAAACAUAUCUACGCCAAGCUCUUCAACUGGAUUGUGGAGCAUGUUAACAAAGCCCUAAUCACCAAUAUCAAACAGCACUCCUUCAUCGGGGUCCUCGACAUCUACGGGUUUGAGACAUUUGAAAUCAACAGCUUUGAGCAGUUCUGUAUCAACUACGCUAAUGAGAAACUCCAGCAGCAGUUCAACAUGCAUGUGUUCAAGCUGGAGCAGGAGGAGUACAUGAAGGAGCAGAUCCCCUGGACUCUGAUUGACUUCUACGACAAUCAGCCCUGCAUCAACCUCAUAGAAGCCAAGAUGGGUAUCCUGGACUUGUUGGACGAGGAGUGCAAGAUGCCCAAAGGUUCUGAUGACUCGUGGGCUCAGAAACUGUACAACACCCACCUCAAGACCUGCUCCCUCUUCGAGAAGCCACGCAUGUCCAACCGCGCCUUCAUCAUUCAGCAUUUUGCUGACAAGGUGGAAUACCAGUGUGACGGUUUCCUGGCGAAGAACAAGGACACGGUGAACGAAGAACAGAUCAAUGUGCUGAAGGCCAGCAAGUUUGACCUGCUGGUGGAGCUGUUCCAGGAUGAGGAGAAAGCCACCAGUCCCACCGGUCAGCCCCCCGGCACCGGAGGCCGCACCCGCCUCAGCAUCAAACCUGACAAGGGCCGUGACAAGAGCAGCAAGGAGCACAAGAAGACAGUCGGCUGCCAGUUCCGUAACUCUCUGCAAAUGCUGAUGGAGACUUUGAAUGCAACGACUCCGCACUAUGUUCGCUGCAUCAAACCCAAUGACUUCAAGUUGGCCUUCUCGUUUGAUCCUAAACGUGCAGUGCAGCAGCUCAGAGCCUGCGGUGUCCUGGAAACCAUCCGCAUCUCUGCUGCAGGUUUCCCAUCCAGAUGGACGUAUCAGGAGUUCUUCAGCCGGUACAGAGUGCUGAUGAAGCAAAAGGACGUGUUACCUGACAAGAAGCUGACCUGUAGAAAUGUUCUGGAGAAACUGGUGCAGGACCAGGAUAAAUACCAGUUUGGUAAGACCAAGAUCUUCUUCAGGGCGGGCCAGGUCGCCUACCUGGAGAAGUUGAGAGCAGACAAGUUGCGUGUGGCCUGCAUUCGCAUCCAGAAAACCAUCCGCUGCUGGCUGGCACGCAAGAAGUAUUUGCGCAAGCGCAGCGCUGCCAUCACCAUCCAGAGGUUCACCAGAGGAUACCAGGCUCGCUGCCUGGCCAAGUUCAUGCGUCGCACGCAGGCAGCCACCACCAUCCAGAAGUUCCAGAGGAUGUACGUGGAGAGGAAGCGCUACAGACAAAAGCAGGCUGCUGCUCUGGUCAUGCAGACGAUCCUCAGAGCUUACAUGGCUCGGCAGAAGUACCAGGCGUUACUGCGGGAGCACAAGGUGGUCAUCAUUCAGAAGCGUGUUCGUGGCUGGCUGGCUCGCUGCUGGUACAAGCGCUGCCUCAUCUCCAUCGUCUACCUGCAGUGCUGCAUCCGCAGAAUGAGGGCCAGACGCGAGCUGAAGAAGCUGAAGAUCGAGGCUCGCUCAGUGGAGCACUUCAAGAAGCUCAACAAAGGCAUGGAGAACAAGAUCAUGCAGCUGCAGCGGAAAAUCGACGAGCAGACCAAGGAAAACCGGUCGGUCAACGAGAAACUGUCCGGUCUGGAGACUUCCUACACGACAGAGAGCGAGAAGCUGCGUGGAGAACUGGGCCGGCUGCGCGGAGUCGAGGAGGAUGCCAAGAACAAAGGCAACCAGCUGUCCUCGCUGCAGGAGGAGCUGGAGAAGCUGAAGAAGGAGCUGGUUACCACACAGAAGGAGAAGAAGACCAUCGAGGACUGGGCACAAACCUACCGGAACGAAAUGGAGAAAAUGGUCUCGGAGCUGAAGGAGCAGAAUGGCUCGCUGAAGAAGGAGAAGGACGACUUGAACAGGAUGAUUCAGGAACAGAGUCAGCAGAUGACAGAGAAAAUGGCCCGUGCUAUAGCACAGGAGACUCAGCAGCUGGAUACAGAUCUGAACGAGGAGCGCUCUCGCUACCAGAAUCUCCUGACAGAACACCUUCGCCUCGAGGAGAAAUACGACGACCUGAAGGAAUUGAUGGCUUCAUCGAACGUAUCCAAGCCUGGCCACAGGCGAACAGAUUCCACCCACAGCAGCAACGAAUCAGAGUACACCUACAACUCAGAGUACGCAGAAUUGGAAGAAGGUUCCCGCGCCAGCGAAGAUGUGACGCGAGGAAUAGACACCUCGCUGACCCUCAAGCUGCAGAAACGUCUCACAGAACUGGAGCAAGAAAAGCAAUCGCUUCGCAACGAACUGGAAAACAAAGAGGACCAGUUCCAGCGGGCUAGAGCCAGGGAUGACGCAGAGUUUAAAAAGGCUCGUGGUGCAGAGCUGGAGUACGAGUCCCUGAAGCGCCAGGAGCUCGAGUCAGAGAACAAGAAGCUGAAGCAUGACCUGGCGGAGAUCAGGCAAAGCCUGCUGGGUAAGGCAGCUACAGGCGCCGGGGCUCCGGGCUCCCCAGCUUACAAGGUGGUCUUGGAGCAGCUCAACGCCUCCUGUGAGGAGCUGGAGGUCCGUAAGGAGGAGGUGCUGAUCCUGCGCUCCCAGCUGGUCAGCCAGAAAGAAGCAAUGCACCACAAGGAGACCAUGACCGAGCCGUCUGUCUAUGUUGAGGAUGUGUCCAAACUGAAGGACGCUGAUGAACUCAAGCAAGCAUACGUCGGCCUCAAAGAUACCAACAGGUUACUGGAGCACCAGCUGCAGACUCAGCGUAGAGGUUACGACAGCGAGGUGGAGUCGCUGCGCGGCGAGCUGCAGAAUGUCAAGGAGGAGAACAACCGUCAGCAGCAACUCCUGGCCCAAAACCUCCAGCUGCCUCCAGAGGCCCGAAUCGAAGCCAGUCUGCAACACGAGAUCACCCGACUCACCAACGAGAACCUGGAUCUAAUGGAGCAGCUGGAGAAGCAGGACCGAACCAUCCGCAAGCUGAAGAAGCAGCUGAAGGUUUACUCCAAGAGGAUCGGAGAGAUGGGAGCGGGUCAAACCGAGGGACAGACAUCUCCGGGACAAAUGGUGGAUGAGCCGAUUCAUCCUGUCAACAUUCCGCGCAGGGAGAAAGAUUUCCAAGGGAUGCUGGAGUACAAGAAGGAGGAUGAACUCAAACUGGUCAAGAACCUCAUCCUUGAGCUCAAGCCUCGUGGUGUAGCCGUGAAUCUGAUCCCAGGUCUGCCAGCCUACAUCCUGUUCAUGUGUCUGAGACAUGCAGACUACGUCAACGAUGACCAGAAGGUCCGCACCCUGCUCACCUCAACCAUCAACAGUAUUAAGAAGAUCCUGAAGAAACGAGGAGACGACUUUGAGACUGUCUCCUUCUGGCUUGCUAACACCUGUCGCUUCUUACACUGUCUGAAACAAUACAGCGGAGAUGAGGCCUUCAUGAAGCACAACACGCAGAGGCAGAAUGAACACUCCCUGUCUAACUUCGACCUGGCAGAGUACAGACAGGUGAUCAGUGACCUGGCCAUCCAGAUCUACCAGCAACUAAUCAAAUGCAUGGAGAACAUCCUCCAGCCCAUGAUAGUCUCCGGCAUGCUGGAACACGAGACCAUCCAGGGCGUAUCGGGGGUGAAGCCAACAGGUCUCCGUAAGCGAACAUCUAGUAUCGCCGACGAGGGCACCUACACCCUGGACUCCAUCCUGAGGCAGCUCAGCGCCUUCCACUCCACCAUGUGUCAGCACGGCACCGACCCCGAGCUCAUCAAGCAGGUGGUGAAACAGCAGUUCUACAUCAUCGGGGCCGUCACCCUCAACAACCUGCUGCUGCGCAAGGACAUGUGCUCCUGGAGCAAAGGCAUGCAGAUCAGGUACAAUGUGAGCCAGCUGGAGGAAUGGCUCAGAGACAAAGGUCUGAUGGUAUGCGGAGCCAAGGAGACUCUGGAGCCUCUGAUCCAGGCGGCUCAGCUGCUGCAGGUGAAGAAAAAGACUGAUGAGGACGCAGAGGCCAUCUGCUCCAUGUGCCUGGCCCUCACCACUGCUCAGAUUGUGAAGGUCCUGAACCUGUACACUCCAGUCAACGAGUUUGAGGAGAGAGUAUCGGUUGCAUUCAUACGAACCAUACAGACUCGCUUGCGAGACCGUUGUGAGAGUCCCCAGUUGUUGAUGGACACGAAGAUGAUUUACCCCGUCACUUUCCCAUUCAACCCUUCCUCCCUUGCCCUGGAAACAAUCCAGAUCCCCGGCUCGCUCAACCUGGCCUUCCUCACCCGCGUCUAAACCGAAGCCCGACGGGACGACUCUGAGCCCUGCGGCCAUUUUGAUGCAGUGGCCACAGCUGGAAUUGCAAGUCACAAGACACUCACUGGGCCGAAAAGACUUCACAAUCAUCACAAGUGAAAAAAAUCUGAGUAUCAAAAACACUCAAAAAUUAGGACGUGUAUUAACACAAUUUGAGCAGUUAUGUCCAAAAAAAUUAACUGAAUUCUAAUUCAAAACACGGUUCCCAGUUCUCUUAAGAUCACCCUGGUCUGAACCUAAAAUGAAACACACCCCACAACAUGCUGAACUUCCAACAUGCAUCUGUGCAAUACUUCCAUCCUCUGAACGUACACACGCACGUCUACACUCACGUGCACCUUCUGUCAAAACGCACAGAUACACACGACACUCACAGUCGCCGCCGCCACUGGUUUAAAUCUGGCUGUAAAACAUCAUCAUCCAUUCACCGCUUGUAAAAACGCCUGCCUCUUAGAGACGCCACAGGACCAGAUCAAUGCCUCCAGUACUCACUCUGCAUCAGGUCUGUCUUAGUGGUCUGGACCCUGGCUAUGCCCCAGCCCCCUCCCCUGUGUUUCAACUAGCUGUUAAGAUUUUUCUCGUCAUCGUCUCGUUCUCUGGUGAGAAUGUACAUACCAAAACACAGCAGUGGACCCAGAGGAAGGAAUAACUUGAUAAGUUGUAGUCUAACGUGGUAUGUUGGGUCUCUAUUUAACAGGCAAAUUGAAUUCUGAGUCCCAGUAUGAAGCUGGCUGAGUGACACCGUGCUAAAGUUAGCUCUCUCCGCCCCAUGUCGAGGUUACCUGGAGCAGGCUUCGUCCUGUACUUCGUCAUCUUACUCUCUGAACACAGUCAAGCCAAGACAGAACUCAUUGUCUGUAUUAUAUUAUUUAUACAUAUAUAAAUAUGAAUAAUAUAUAUCAUGUAUUUUAUUUAUUACAUUUACCUCCGUCCCCACCCUCUCCUUUUUUUAGAUUAGAAGCUUUGUCUUUGCAUAAAACGUCUCAGAUAUAUGAAGGAUGGGACCAUCAUUUCCCAAGAUAAAACAGCUUUGUUUUAGUUCCUUGUAGGCUAUUUAUGUCAAUAUCAGGUAAAUGAUCUAGUAUAGUUUAAGGAGUGCCGGCAAAGAUAACUAUUUGUUAGGUCACGUCUUAACUUAGAGAUGUCGCUUUGUCAUGUUUAUCCUGCAUUUCUGGCAGAUGAAGUGUAGCACGGGUUUUAACAGAAGAGAUAUUUGGACGUUAUGAGGUUUAAACUCCGACAAAUGGGUUUAAACUGCUACAAUCUAUACUGUUUACAGCUGUGACCAGAGCUAAGCAGCACACAAACACUGGCACAAAGUUAUUUAAUUACACACACAACGUUACACGCUUACUGCUGUAUCACGGGGAGUUCUGCACUCCUCUCUCUACUUGUCUUCUCCGGUCACAGCUCUAGUCUUUUACUAUUAUCAAGGUGGAACUAUUUAUUUCAGUAUUGUCAUUUUUCUUGAGUAUCAGAGUUAUGUAUAUCCUGAAGUCAUGUAUCACUGAGCAGAAUGGACAGAAAGGUUUCUCAGAAGUUGGUUUUUGAGAGUUUGUCUGCAGCUUUAAAGCAAUGUUUUCAGCUUUAUUCCCACACUAACACUAACUGCAGCUUUGUGGACCCAUUCCUCUCCCACAUGUCCACCCUAUGCCUUCCUGUUGAGUGGCCAAGAAAGCCCAACUUGGGCCUUUAUUACCAAAAACACCAACACAAUAUGUGGAACUCUUUUUCCACAUCUCAAUUGCACCGCAGGUUUCAGUUUAGGGUUACUAAAAUAUAUUUUUGUCUUUUCUGUUUCAAUUGUUUUGGUCCAGAUAUCCAGUCAAAUUGGCUUUCAAAGGCUGAGACACCCAUUACUCAGUCAGUAUGGCUGUAAUAACUGUACAGCAUGCUGCUGCUGCUGCUGCUGCCCUCAACUAACCUGCAUGGGCUUGGCUUUCCCAGCAUUACCAGUUACCAGAAAUGAACUUUCCCAAGCUUUUGUUCUUUUUUGGUUGUUUGUAUGGAGAAACGUCGGUGGAGCUGAGAGUCAAUGGAUGACUUGUCAGGGAAUCUGGAAAAAAGUCUGCAUUCACAUCAUCCUCGCUGCCUCGUGUUUAGCACUUUUGCCGCGUUUACUUCCUGUUGUGCCAUUAGUAUUAAUAACACUCAACCACAUUUGCCUCUCAUGUGAACCUUAUUUUUGCCUAAAGACCUCACACUUUCACAAAGACAUUUCACUUUGAUAGGAUAUUUUCUUUUUUUAAGGUGCUUACACACAUAAGACAUUUGAACGGCCACCUUAACUGGACCUUUUUUAUUUAAUAUUUUGUUUAGUCUACAACCAACCAACCAAGGAAGCAUACAUCAAAAUAUUUUGCAGUGCUAAGAGCUGAGGUGAAGAUACAGUACGUGGUGAGAAGUAAUAACUGUUUUACCAUGGUGUAUCUCAUGAAAUGCCAUAUUCUCACUCUAACAGGAAACAGCUACAGACUAAAAUAAAUUGUAAAUGGAGUAAAGAUAAGUUAGUAUGUGAAGUUUAAUUUGUGUUGCACUUGUAUGUGAGAAUGAUUUGAUAUCCAUAUGCUCUCAUUGGGACCACAUUGUUAUCAAUUUGUUAUAUGGGUUGGAUUAAUGGCUCGUUUAAAGUAUGGUUUGUGUGAAGUCUACAUAUCUGUGCCGAGGAAGACGGCAACUGAAGGAAUUAUUAACCAUAUGAAUGUUUCAAAUUGUUAAUGAAGUGUAUCAUGAUUUUAGCUGCACAUUGUUGGACAAAGCCUUAUCUGAAUUAUUUGCUCUAUCUGAAUGACUUAAACAAAUGAUCAACAUUGUGGCAUUGUUUUGUUCUGUCAGUGCAGUAUUUUUUUUCCACUGUAAAAUGAAUAUGAAAUUGUUAAUUGUGAUCAUUUUUUUAUUUUGACGAGGUGUCCUUUUUUGUCCUACAGUUGGUGUCACAGAUGGGUUGCACUGUUUAGCCAUCAGUCUAAAUGCACUUUUUAAGACGUUGCUGAGGAAGUCAGAUAAAUAAAUGAUAGAUGAUUUUUCUUUUCACUCCCACCUGCAGCCCAUUAAGCUUCCUCCACCAAAUUCCCUGUGCGAGUAGGCCCUUCACUUUCUUAAUCAGUGAUCUUUCUUACUGUUUUAUUCAAACUAUCAAUUAAUGCAAGCCACAGGUAAGAAGACACAUGGAUGCAGCACCAGCCCUCUCACACUUUGUCACACUAUCCUUGUGGACUGAUGUAUUAAGAGUUGCGGCUUCUCUCAGGCUCUCAAACAGGACAAGGUGUCAUUCCUUCAAUCUGCAUUUUUACAUUAAAGAGAGAGUUGGUUGUAUGAUACGACGUAGACAUUAUAAAUGACCAUUGAUCUUAUCAGCACUAGCGUCGAUUGUGCCAUUUUAAAAGUUGUUAAAAACAAACAUAUAUCAUCACCCCAGCAGUUGUGGUACUGGUGUGAACAUGCUAAAGCCAGUACCACAUGUUUCCUCUCCGACCCAUGUGUACAUUUGACAAACUGGACUGUUUGUAGUUUCUGGUAGCUGUGCUUAGUGAAUGUGUUCACCGUUAAGAAACUAAGAAACUUGGAAUAAAUUGUCAAAUCUGUAAAAGUAAAAUAAAAGAAUUCAGCACUG